AUGAAGCUUGGCGGGUUCGCACUCAAGAAGGGUAAGAAGAAGAAGGCGCUGGGGGCAUCCGCAGGAUUCUCAGCUUCCGCUCCCAUCGCUCCUACUGCACUCGAGAAGGUAUAUGUCACCGACUUCGACCCACAUGCGCCGGUGCCGCUCACAGAGGAUGGCAAGAAGCCUUUGGUCAUUCCCUUAUUGGAGACCAACGCCUGGAACGGGGCCGCAAAGGAGCCGAAUGACGACAAAAUAGGCGCAUCCAUCGAUAAAAUGGAGGGUACAGAGGACGAACAAGCGGCGGCACAGAUCCUCGCCGAGACGCAGGCAGCUAAAACGACCCACAGCAGCGAUAAAGACCUGGUGAUCCCUGUCGAGAAGCAGAAUAAGCGCGCCGAGCUGUUCCAGGACGGCGACAAGAGACCCAAAAAUGGUCAGAAGAUGCCCAUUUUACAGCAAAAUGUGGUCCCGGGUCUUGAUGGGCUGCAGGACGUCGCGGACAAGUAUCGUCACGACGUGGCGCUGCGUCCUGAGGCCCCAGACGUGCAUAGUGACGUGUACGAGUCUGUUCCUGUUGAGGCAUUCGGGGCGGCGCUGCUGAGAGGGAUGGGCUGGACAGGAGACGUGGAUCCAGACGACAUGGGCGUCGCCCCACAGCCGAGACACAAACUGUUGGGUCUGGGAGCAACCAAGAGACCGUCACUUCCCGGGGAGGACAAGAAGAAGAGGAAGAAAAGAAAAAAAGAACCCAAGGACGAGGACAGACGCUCCGGACUCAAUUCAGACAAACCUCGUAGAGAAGACAGGGAGAGGAGAUCCAGCAGGUCAGCAGAUAGAGACCGUCGACGUCGCAGUCGCAGUCGCAGCCAGGACCGCCGGAAACGGAGUCGGAGUCGAAGCCAUGACCGUGACCGGCGUCGAGACAGAGACCGGGAUCGAGAGGACCGUCGGGAUAGAAGUCGAGACCAUGACCGCGAUAGACGCAGUCGCAGGCGCUAA